CUUCCCACAAGAACGAGGGCAAGAAGGGCGAAAAGGAGACGGGAGCAUCCGCGACAACAAAGAGGAUCCUCACCUUUGGAUUCGGAUCCAUUGCUCGGCGCAGCAGGGCCGACAGCGCAUCGACACCGUCGCAGUCGGGCUCACGGCGAUCGCACAAGGCAAAGAGCAAGUCGCUCGGCCAGGAUCCCCUCUCGGAUAUCCUCAGUGGCCUAGACGCAUCCCACGACAGCGCCAUGCCAGCAGCAGCCUCAAGUUCCACAUCUACCUCCAAGAUCUACGUCUCCCCCUCGUCGCCCACCCGUGUUCGAGCUUCUGCGAUUCCCGUCGCAGCGCCGUCAAGCUCGCGGCUCUCGGGCCCGCAUUCGAGCAGGGCGACCAUCGUCAACCAUUCCCAUCUCGCCAACCAGUCGGUGACGCUCAGCGGGAUAUCUUCCGAUAUGGCGACGGCGGCGGCGGCGGCGGAGCCCUCGUCGAGCAGAUCCGGUCUGCCACUCUACCGCUCCAACUCGAAGCGAGAGUCGACGCUCGACUUCCUCGAGGCAGACGGCGGGCCGAGGUCCGUACGAAGAGCCGAGGGCAAGCGAGCAGAGUCAGAGGCGAGUGCCAGCCUGCGGGUCAUUCACCAAGCCCGUGAGACCGCUUCAAGGAGCCAAUUUGCACCACAACCGUCAUCAUCAGCUCGGCCAUCGACUUCGCCAAAGACACACUCGAGCUUCUCCUCAUCGGUCCGGAGAAUGUUUGGCGGGAGGGCCAAGUCGACGUCGCAGGCAAGCCGGCCGCCAGUGAUUCACGAGGCAGAGGCUCAGACAGACAGGCUGGGCAGGAUCGAGGAGACGGAUGCGCGACCCACGGGGAUCGGUGGAGUUGUCGGUCGGGACGCUGCUGUCGAUGCAAGAAGGGCAAGGGAUCAGCUACAGCAGCAGCAGCAGCAGCAGCAGCAGCAGCAGCUUCAGCAGAGCAAGCCUUCAAAGGGCUCGUCGAUCUUUGCUCCCUUUCGUGCAAAGACGCCGCCCCGACCAAAGGUCGACCUUGAGGGAGUCGAAGUGCAACGCCAGCACCAUUCAGCGAGUGCAGCGCGCCAGUCGCUGCCCGCUGGUGCAGGUGCGUCAUCUCCGGCUGCGACGUCGAGAGCCGACGGCGAGAGGCGCUCCUCUGUCUUGGCGCAGCAGGUGAAAAGGGCAAAUGAGAACGGCACCUCUUCGCCCCCCUCGACGCCCGUGCGCAGAACAGCGACCGCUUCGCCCCCUCGUUCCGGCUUGGGCAGCCUCCGAUCGCCCGAGCGGUCGCUCACGCUGCAGGCCCUCUCGACUGCACCAGCCUCGCCGUACUCGUCGUUGCGAAGGACGAGUGGUGGCGGGGGUGCUGCCCCGGCGUACCUGCCGCGGCUGCCUCCUGACCUCGCGAGACUGUCUACCGACGGGACACUGGCGGCCGCCGCAGCGGCUGCAGAGCGACCGUCGACUGCCUCGACUGACGAAGGCACGGGCGUGGCGCUGAGCACCUCGCCUGGAAGGGAGGAGGAUUUAUCGUCCCCCUCGUCAUCCAACGGCCGAAAGGUGGGACCGGCACGGGCGAGUGUGCCCAGGAUGUGGCAGGGGUCGAGGAAUAGUGCCUCGCUGCUCACCACGGCGCCUGAAAAUGAGACGGCGACGGAGACCGAGACGGAUAUGGAGACCGAGACCGAGACCGAGAGAGACGCCGAGACGGAUGCCGACGAGAGGGACGGUCUGACGGGCCGCGGCCUGGGCGCCCACAGGGACGACGAGGAGCGCCACCCCCGAGACUCAUCAUCGCGACGCUUUGGCUCGUCGGCGACGACGGGCAGCAUGUCCUCGUUCAAGACUGCCAAGUCGUCUCCCAGGGCCCAGUACCUCGAGGGCUCCCUCGCCGAGGCAGCAUCGACGCCCUCGCAGCCGUCGAAAUCUUCACGCCAGGCUCUCUCCCUGCUUCCCGGUGCCACGCCCGCUGCUGGUGCUGGUGCUUCGGGCGACCGCAGCACUCUCUCGACGCCGAGGGGCCAAUUGUCGGCAGAUACACCGACAAAGCCCGGCGUCAGCCCGCUCUCGGAUCUGAUCCACAAUCUCGAGCAGCGCAAGUACUCGGACUACGAUAGCGAGCUCGGCGACUCGAGCACACGCUGGCCACCACCACUGGCUGCAGCGCCCGCCUCGCCGCGCACCGGGCGUGUCAGCAGGGGAAGCGCCAAUGCGAGUGGGGACACGUCCAACUCGUUUGGCUAUCCCGAGCAACAGGCUCCCUUACAUGGCCUUGAUGGCCGCGAUGGUCUUGACGGCGACUUCGGCCGAGAGCGCGCCGGCGACGAUGAUGAUUCGUCGCCGACGUCGAUCCAGAGGAGACGAUACACCUUUGGCGACGAAGAGGCAAACCACGCAUCUUCGUCACUUGCGCGGCCACCAGCCGUGGGCUCGCCUUCUUCGCCCCAGCUGGCGUCGGUUGCAGCGGUGUCUAGCAGGGGCCAACCCAGGUCUUCUCGAGCCAGGGUCUCUCCGCGGCGAGACGACAACGAUGUUGACGAUGUCUUUACCACUGACCACGACCAUGGAGCCGAGCAGUCUAUCUCUGUCUCGGAGAUCGAGAGCAACCUGGCGGCCGUCGAAGCUGCGCUUCGGCGUCACAAUCUCGAAGGCAGCUUUGACCCGGCCUCGUUGCGAAGAAGAAUCGUGACGCCGCGCGGCGUGAGCAUCUCGAUGUUUGACGACGAAGGCCGAAACGAGUUUGGCGUGAUUGAAGACGACGGCGAGCUGUCGCGCGUCACGCUGCCCCCGGAGCAGGAGAGCGCGCUGCAGAAUGCCGUCAAAGAGGUCCGGCGCGCUAUUAGCUCGUCGCAGCUGCCCCAGAUUCCCAAUGAGGACGACGACACGGAGGGCGGCGGCGAUCUGGAGACUGUCGAGACAAGGGAGCCGAAGCAGGAAGCGCAGUUGUUGACGCCUUCAAGGCCAUCGGUGCUGGAGGAUGGGCAAGGCGUGCCACGCCAGCGCGAGUCGACGCCCAUGAGAGCUGCUCGCAACCGUCAGGAGUCGAUGCAGGAUGUCGAGGAGGCCUAUGCGCGCAUGUGCGACCUCGUCGGCUCCGCUGCUGGCUUUGCGCCUUCGCCAAUGCAGGAGCCGGCCGCGUCCUGGCGACGGAGGAGCACCAAGUCGCAGCCCACGCAGUAUCGGGCCCCCGCUGAGCCGGGCGAGGUGCCCCUGCAGGAGCGAGGCUAUGCGCUGCCUCGCGAACGCACACAGAGCGCGGCUCCGGCCCCUCCCUCGUAUCUUUUUGGUCCGUCGCAGGGCGGCGGCGGCGGUGGCUCAGCCUCUACUGGAUUUGUAAAUCCGCGCGUCGCCGCUCGCCAGGCGCUGCUGCGCGAGAGCGAUGCCCUCUCGAGAGCGGCCAUGAUGAAUCCUGCCUCGUCGACUACCUCUUCGUCGUCGGCCGCACUCGUCGCUGGCCUGCCUGGCCUGUCCGAGGAGAUGGGCGAAAAGGUGCAGUACCUCCGUGGCCGCACCAGCAACCUGUCCACUGGCUCGCGCAGGGCCGCUUCCGAGUCGCCUCCACGCCGCAGGCCAUACCAGGACAUUGACAGUGCUCUUGUUGCUGUUGGUGGUGUUGGUGCUGCUACUGCUACUGCUGUCCCUGUCGCCAUGGAUGCCUCCUCGGCUGCUGUUCAAUUUGGACGAAGUCGAACGCAAACGUCUGGCUCAGCAAAGUCAACGAAGCGGACCAGCGCCACGUCGGCCACUGGCUCGGCCGUGGGUACAGGCACCUCGCCGUCAGCCACUGCCAAGACGCAGGGGACGCCGCGGUCGUCGGAAAUCGAGUCAGCUCACCCCGAAUGGCAACGCCUGCGCACCUCGCCCAAUGCAUCUCGCCUGCCUCUCCAUGGCCUUGGCGGUGGCGGUGGCGGCGGUAGCGGCGGUGGCAGUGGCAGUGGCAGCAAACGUGCUUCACAGGCUUCGUCUUCUAUCAUCACCAACUCGCCCAUCAUUGAGUCACGAGCGAUGCGAAACUUUGACGGUCAACGGCGGGGCACACGAGGACAUGUGAGCACGUCGUCUGCGCAGUCGAACCAAGGCAUCGGUGCGUUCCUGUCGAGUGCCUCGCCUACGCCGACGUCCAAUGCCGCGUUGCGACACCAGCAAGGCCCAACCCCGGCUGGCCGCGACUCGUGGAGGGACUGGCACCGGCUCGAGGACCACAUCAACCGACCGAGCAGCCGGACCAGCUUGGCGAGCAACGUCGCCGUGGCUCAGGCCCUCGCUGUCGCUGCGGCGGCCAACAGUGGCGGCAGCAUGUCCAACACGCCUGCUGGAGGAGGAGGGAGCAACCAAGGUCACCACCACAGCGGCACUCAGAGGGCGGCUGCCCACGCUUCCAGGCACAGCGGCCAGCUGUCCUCCCUCGAUGGCAGCGGCGGCCACCUGUCUUCAUUCUUUGAUGCAGGCAGUAUCGCCAGCGCACCAGGGGGCGGAGCAGGAGGAGGAGCUAGAGGAACAGGGGAGGCUGGAUGGGGCAUCUCUUCGCCAAGCGGCAAUGGCCAACAGCAGCAGUCCUCGGUGAAUGCCGUGUAUCGACGUCAUGCCCUGGAGCGCGACAGCUUGCUCGACAUGCUCCAACGGUCCCGACUCGACAAUGCAGAGCUUCGCAGCCGCAACGAGCAGCUCGAGUCGGAUCUGCACCAAGAAGUCACGCGCGUCCUCGAGCUCCAGCGCGAGCUCGACCUCCGACAAGAGGAGCAGGCCAAGAAGGAGGCUCGCAUCGGGACCCUCGAGAGCCAGCUCGAGGUCGAGCAUGCGGACCGCGUCCGGAUCGCAGAGCUGCUGGAAAAGGUGCAAAAGGCGCUCGACAAUGCGGCGAGUGCUGGUGCACGACCUGGCAUACUGUCGAGCCCGACGGCCAGCUCAGUGAGCAUCCUGCAGGAAGACCUGCAGCCGGCCCUGUCGAGACGGAUGCUGGAUAUUCCCGGCGGCAGCAGCGUGAGCUCCCAUGCCCAUGUGGGUACCUCGUCUGCGCCUACGGCUACCAAUGGACACCUGCCCCACGAGCAUGAGCAUCUCGACUUUGACGAUGAAGAUGACCGUGAGGUCUUGCUUCACCACGACGACGACGACGACGACGUUGGUGCGGCCGACGACGAAGAAGAUGACCACGAGGACCGUCGAUAUGACUCGAUGCGCAGUGAGGACUUUGACCCCAUCGAGUACCGCGACUCAUCAUCAUACGAAGCUGGGGGCAACUCGCUCCUGCAUCCACCGGUCGAGCAGCACCAUCAUCAUCAUCACCACCAUGACCCAGCAGAGCGGUCGCCGUCGUUGCACUCGUACCCUUCUGCUCUUGGCCUCGAUGUCAAGGACGACGAGAUGCGAUGGCAGCUUGACGACGAGCAAGCGCCGGAAGAGACUGGCGACAACACCGACUCGGAGCCCUUGCCGCACGAGUCCGAGGCCCUUGUCCCUGCCUCCGCUCCAGCUACGGCUCCGGCUCCAGCUUCAGCUUCAGCUCUUGCUACUGCCUCUACUCAUGAUACGGGCUCGCCUCUUCCUCGCCCUUCGAGAAUGCCCAUGUCGAGCUCCACUUCGAUUCCGUCGAGCAUCGCCAUGUCCCAGUCGACCAGCACAGGAUCCACCGUGCUAGCCGGUCCGACGUCGUCUGCGGAUCGCUCCAUUGAGGGUGUCCGCCGGCUGCCUACUUCGCCGCCCCGGUCAGCCGGCCUCGCUGAGCGGUUCGGGAGCGGAAACAACCCCAGGAGGAUGCCGAGCACGACGAGCACGGCGGCCACGUCGCUCUCGACCUCGUCCCCGCGGGUCGUCUCGAGGAACGUCUCCAUCUCCUCGAUUCCGCAGCCCGUCUCUUCUCGCAGGCAGCCGCAGCCGCAGCCGCAGCAGCAACAACAGCAGCCGCCACACUCGCCGAGCUCAAGCUCCAGCGCGGCGCCCUCCUCAGCCAUGUCGUCUGCCGACGCGUGGAGAAAGAUGUCGAGCUCGAGCCGGGUGACGAGCGGCGGCGGCAACACCUCGGCGGGCGACACGAGCUACACGGCCCAGACGGUCAGUCCCGUCGGCAGCUUUAUUUCGACGUUCCCGUCGUCUUCGGCCGCGGGACCCGCUGGCGGUGGUGGCAGCAGCAGGUUCGUCUCGGGUCUCCCGCGCAGGGCAGGUGGAGGAGGAGGAGCAGUGGGGGCAGGAGCAGUCAGGGGAGGCUACUACGAUCCGAGGAGACCGCCAGACUACGACCCAGUCGACGUCAGCGUGCUUGAUGCCCUCUCGGCAGAUGGCGAUGAGAGCAGGGACAGGCAGGGCGAUGUUAGUCUAUAGAGUGGCAAGAGAGGCCAAUGAUGAGAAACGCGAUUAAUGUUAAUACAGGAGUGACUCUUUCUCAGUCUCAGUUCCUUUUGCCUUUGGGUAGGCAG